AUGCUUCGCCUUCGCCUCCGUCCUUGCCCACACUUCUCUCGGGCGUCUCCGCCGGCAUCCCACCCCGCCCUCCCCCGCCGGCUGGCCGCUUCUCCGCUCCCAGAGCUCCCCUUCCCAUCCACCGUCACCGCGCUCCGAACCCGAACCCCUCCGCUCCAGGCCGCCGUCCGCCGAGCCGCCUCCGGAGAGGAGCAACGGGGCGUGGAUGAGGACAAGGAGGACGCGGGCCUGGACAAUGCACUCACCAAGACACGGCAGCUCGUCGAGUGCGCCAUGUUCGCAUCCGUUGCUGGCCUCGCCUACUUCCUCAGCAACUCCCUCGCCAUCGAGAAUUACUUCAGCUGUUUUUUCCCAUUGCCGAUAGUCAUCUCCUCCUUGAGGUGGGGGUUAGAAGCUGGCAGGAAAACCAUGGUGGCUACUGUUUUACUGCUCUUCACAUUGUCAGGCCCUGUCAAAGCAUCGACUUAUCUGCUUAUGCAUGGUGUAGUUGGUCUAGCCAUGGGUACUAUGUGGAGGUUGGAGACCGAUUGGAUUGCUUCCAUCAUAAUCUGCUCAAUUAUCCGUGCGGUGGGAGCUUGUGGAUAUGUGUUAGUGUCAUCAUUCCUGAUACGAGAAAAUAUUCUUCAAUUGAUAACCGUUAGUGUACAUGCCUCCUUAACGUAUAUUCUGGCAGCGGCUGGUGUGAACACAAUUCCAUCCAUGGAUGCAAUAUAUGUAAUCUUUGGGACACUGCUUCUACUUAAUUGUGGAUUCUUUGUCUUCAUACUGCAUAUAAUUUACACAAUCUUCCUGACCAAGCUUGGAAUCAAGCCAUCGCUGAGACCUCCACGAUGGCUGGGUAAAGCAACUUUUAGUUGA